CAUGUUCUGGUAAGAGCAAUAGUCUAUGGCUCGUACUCCCCUCACAGGGGCGCCAAUGACUCUGGGCUCAACGUCAACGUUAUUCUGGACUUCUAUUUCAGAUGGCUGAAUCCUCCGCGUUAUCUAUAGAACAUAGAACGCGCUGAAAACUCAUCCCGGAAUGGAACAGUCAUGUUUGUGUUCGAACUUCGUUGUUGAUCAUUAUAAGAAAACAGAUUCGCAGUGCCCUGGGCGUCUACCUUCCAGUCAAAGACUCAAAUGCGUCCUUCUCCCCACCACCUUUCGCCGUCCUUCCUUACCUCUCACAAUGGCUGAUCCUGACUUGGAGGAUGAUGGAUCUCAAUAUUUUGAUUGCCUGGCUAACAGUCACAGGAGCCCAGACAUGCAAGGGUAUGCUGUUAGGUUGUCAGCCUUCAUUGCGAACAUUUGUAUAGCCAUCCUCAUCGCGUGGUCGAAAGAAGACGUUGUCAAAGAGUCUGUCAACGUGGUAAUGCUCCAGAACUUCGUUAUCAUGAUCGCUUCAGCAAUCGCAAUGGGAAGAAAAGACCUCGUGGUCGCUGACGCACAUUUUUCACUUACCUUGAUGGUGUCCCCCCUUUCCAUGUACUUUGUAUACUCAACCUAUCGCUUCAUUCGGCGCCGUCCAAAUCACCUCUAUGACCGUCUUGGCUCCGCAAAAGUCAUUACGGCUAUGAUGUUGACGAUCCUAUUCAUUUGUUGGAUUGUCUUUGACUUGCUGAUAUAUUUCAGCAACCUCCACAAGAGCAAUGACUGCAAGUCCACACUCUUAGGAUGGAUAUUCAACAAAACCUUCUCGCUCGGCAUCCAGCUGUUCUUUUCAUCCAUUCCGAUCGCUCUCAUCCUAUUAUUCUGGAUUGUGUAUUUCAUCCGACAUUUCAAAGACAUUCUAGAGGAGCAUAAAAGGCAUAUGAAGAAGCCCGUUAAGCCUUGGAAGUGGUUUUUUCUAGUUCAACGCCUUAGGAGAAGCAUAAAGUCAUUUUUAAUCGCUCAAUGGGACGUUAUAACCCAAUCACAUAGGUGGUUAUUCUUCCUAACCAUAGUCGCCUUCUACCUUGGUUGGGCUGGAACCCUAUACAUCUAUGUGGUCGAUAUCAAUGAAUUUUUUCACGAAUUAUCCGAUUCUCCAUACACGCCGACGGAUUCGGAUUCGGAUUUCGACGCCCUUGGCUAUGGCCAGUUGCUCGCGGCUGCCAUUAUUAUCCAGCCUAUCUGGGGCGUCUGCAAGCUAUCCUUCCUCAAAAGGCACACAAUACUGUCAUGGCUCAAACAACGGCCACAGUCAAUCUGGAACAGCAUCGUUUUCAUUUGUACGGGCGAUCAAACUCGGAAUCCAUGGAAGGAGAUUGUAGAGUUACGGCGGGUGCAUGAGUCGGAAGAGUCGGUGACUGUGAUCAUGCCAGUGGUUCCAGUCCACACCGCCAGUGCCAGUGCCAGUGUGCGCCGGAGUUCAACGAGCACUCUUCCUUCUGAAAAACGGUCGUUAGAUCAGACCGUACUGCCUGGCGCCAGUGACUCGGAUGGAGGGGGUGCGGGGGAAUUCGAAAAAAUUACACUUCCAAGAUCGCCUUCGUCUCAACUUCUACUUCCGACAAACUAUGACUAUGACCCGUAUUCCAGGGGGCCAGGCCAUGAUGGUGAUUAUGCCGGACUUUCCAGACACCGUACGGUGUAGCCGAGCGGGUACUAUAUCUGUUACACCAUGAUUUUUCGAUUUCUCCCAAAAGCCUCUGGGCUCGACUCGAUCUCACGAAACCCGGAGUCACUGUUGUAUCUAUCUAUCCAUAAGAGGCGUCUGCACAGCGGAGAGAACCGUUUCUAUUCUAGUAUUUAUUGUGAUUGCUAGCUAUGUAUGUAACUUAAAGUAAAUUGAAGCCAUCGCCCCGAUUUA